CCGGGACGAACAUGGCGGCUGGAUACCGGGGUUCCUCGAAAUGGCUCUUCUCCCCCGAAUUGUUGGAAAAUACGCCGUCCCGUCGCAAUGGAAUCGAGCCGGACCGGGAAUUAUCUUACCGCCAGCAAGCUGCGAAUCUUAUUCAGGAUAUGGGCCAAAGACUUAAUGUAUCCCAGCUCACAAUCAACACUGCAAUUGUUUACAUGCACAGAUUUUAUAUGCUCCACUCCUUCGCUAAGUUCCAUAGAAAUAUCAUUUCUCCCACUACACUGUUCUUGGCCGCCAAGGUAGAGGAACAGCCAAGGAAGCUGGAACACGUCAUAAAAGUAGCGCACGCUUGCCUGAACCCCCAGGACCCUCCUCUAGACACCAAGAGCAAUGCAUACCUUCAGCAAGCCCAGGAGCUGGUCCUACUAGAAACCAUUUUACUGCAAACACUUGGUUUUGAAAUUACUAUAGAGCAUCCACACACGGAUGUAGUGCGAUGUUCCCAGCUAGUCCGAGCUGUGACAGCGAGCAAGGACCUGGCCCAGACUUCGUAUUUCAUGGCUACCAACAGCCUGCACCUGACAACGUUCUGCCUGCAGCACCGGCCGCAGGUGGUGGCGUGCGUCUGCAUCCACCUGGCCUGCAAGUGGUCCAACUGGGAGAUCCCCAUCUCCUCAGACGGCAAGCACUGGUGGGAGUACGUGGACAACUCCGUCACGCUGGAGCUCCUCGACCAACUGACCCAUGAGUUCCUGCAGAUCCUGGAGAAGACACCCAGCCGACUAAAGCGCAUUCGCAACUGGAGGGCCAACCAGGCGGCCAAGAAGGGCAAGGGUGACGGGGCCCCCUCGGCGUCUGAUGCCUCCUUCCAGGGCCUGUGCCUGUCCAAGAACAGCUCGCUGGACAGCCUGCUGGACAUGCGGAGCAGCGCCUUCUCUGAUCUCUCCUCCUCCUCCUCCACCUCCUCCUUCCAGCUUGACCUCCCCGGGGCUGCCGGCGUAGCCGCGUCCCUGAACGGCAUCGCGGGCCUCCAGACUUCCGCCUACCCCUUCCCAUCGUCCUCUUCGGCCAACACCACGCCGGCCGACGUCUAUGGCGCUCUCAAGUCGGACGCGCUGACGUCGGGGCUGAGUUCCCAGCAGCCUUUGCAACAGCAGUCGGCGGCCAACCUCCCGCCCCCUCCUCCGCCUCCCCCACCCAAGAUCUCCCUGGACAAGUACCGCGAGAAGCGCAGCGAGGCCACGGCAGCUGCCGCCGCGGCCGCCGCAACUCAGCCGGAGCCCCACCGUAAGCACUCGCACCACCACCACAGCCACCACGGCGGCAGUCACAUGCAGUCGUUGGCGUCUGGUGGGGACGGGUCCAUACGGGUAAAGUACGCCACUGCCGGCGGUGCCGACCCCUCCUCCUCCUCCUCUUCCUCCUCCAGGUCCUCCUCGUCCAAGAGCCUGAAGAGGAGGCUGCCGGCCUCGGAGAACGGCAGCGGAGCCAGCCAGGAGGAGCUGCGCAUGAAGAUCAAAGUGUCGGAGCGCCACAACACCUCGUCCUCCUCCGCCUCCUCUUCCUCGUCCGGUGGAGGAGGGGGCUACGGUGGCCUGGAGGUGUCAAGUGGAGGAGUUGGUUGGAGUAGCAGUGCUGGAGGAGGAGGUGGCAGCAGUAGUAAGAGCAAGCACGGCAGCCCGCGGCAGAGCAGAGACAAGCACCGCGAGCACUCCAGCUCUUCCAGCGGCCACCGGCAGUCCAAGCACUCGAGCCACGGCUCCUCUUCCUCUUCCCACUCGGGCUCAGUCUCGCUGGGCGGCCACGGAGAUGCGCCUUCAUCUGGACAUCAUCACCACCACCAGCAGCAGCAGGGCCACCAGUCCUCCUCUUCCUCCCAGGCCCAUCAUCACCACCACUCCUCUUCAUCCAACUCAAAGUCCAGCCGCAGUUCCAAGAGUUCCUCGUCUCACCACCAUCACCGCAAUAGCGGCAACAACAGCGGCAGCUCCUCGGGCAGCCACCAGGAGGUGCUGGGGCUGGGCGGCGUUGCGUACCCGGUGGGGGCGGCGGCUCUGCAGCACCAGGGCGCGGCCGCCUACGGCUCGCUCAGCACCUUAGUCAAGGCGGACAAGAAGGGCGGGGACAGCCACGCCCAUGGGCCCGAGGCUCCGCCUCUGGCUGCCAACGGCCAACACAUGGACUACGAGGACACGUUUAACAUGCUCGACUCCCUGCUCAGCGCGCAGCAAAUGAACUUCUAGAGGAGUCAGGCGGAGCUGGCGGUGUUUGGGGUGGGGAAAGUACAGAGACAUGAAUGGGGAUGUCGACAGAAUGAGAUCCCCCUUCCACCGCCCCCUUGCAAGUUUUAAUUUAUCUCACAUUUAUCAGAGUUAAGACGCAUACACAAUUGUGAUGUUUUGUUUUUGGGGGGUUCGUUUUUUGUUUUUUGUUUUUUUGUUUUUUUCCUUUCCUUUUAUCAUAGUCAAUGAGUAAUCUUUGGCAUUUACGAAUCUUGACCUAAAAAAGACAAAAAAACUGCAUCUGGCAAAUGAAACAAAAAAAAAGAUCUCUAUUAUAUAUAUUAAUAUAGAUAGUCAAAUGCUACUCUGGAGAGAGAGACAGAAGAAAGAAAGAAAAGAAAAUGAAAAAUAUGUGAAGUAUUUUCCACCUGCCGAGGCUUCCUGUGCUAGAUCAGCUCCUCUCUCUAGCCGCCGGAACUCAGGUGAAGCGCGGGUGGUGGCCGUGGGAUCGGACUCUUUUUUCCUUUAAUUUUUGUUUUCCUUUGCUUCAUGAGUUGUUUUCUACCGUUUGUGCUCGUUCCAAUCAAAGGGAGAACCUUGUGUUCUGAUGACUGUUUACAAGAUGUGCAAAAGAAAAGGAGAAAAAAGAAGAAAAAACCUACAGAAAAACAAACUUGUUUCUUUUUUUGUGCAUUUUUUUGUUUGUUUUUCUUUUUUUGUAUUUUUAAACUCUAUUCCUCAAACGCUCAGGUGUGGAGAUGCUUAAGGAUGUUAACGACAAAAAUAUGAAAGAAAAAAAGUCUAUAUACAUUUUACAUUUACAUACAUAAGCGUACAGAAAAAGUACAUAUCUAACGUACACAGAUUAUUAUGUUGGUCCAAUGGUGAAAUUUGUUAAAGGCAGAUCUUUACAGCAUCUCAGUCUUGUCUCUGAUCAUCCACUCACUCUGCUGCUAUAUUACAAAUGCGGACGAACAGAAAAGAAAAGAAAAGGAAAACAAAACAAACUCAAAGCCCAGUUGUGAACUUGUGCUCUCUGCAGAGUCCGCACCUCUUCUCUCCUUCUCCUCUUCGCACGAGCCCAUGUGACUACUGACUUAGCCUUUCAGACCCACACGUACGUACACACACACAUGCAAGGCAUGGCACAGCAAUAAAUCUGCCCUGCCCUGCUGGCUGGCCGGGCCGUCGCGCCCCAUGAUCUAAACCUGUGGUGGCACGGCCCGGUGCAGUCCGGUCGGACAAGAGACUCGGCCCAGUGCAAGAGUUGCAAAGGCCCAGGCUUCGAGACCUGAGUCCGGGUUGCUAUUUGGAGCAAGAGGAGCAGGCAGCAUAGUUCUUCUGAACUGGGUUGUGUUUUUAUUUUUCCUGAAGUGUGUUUAAGUCCUACUGGCUGUUGUGUUCGGGCUGUGCGUGUAUUUGGGGGGCAUGUUGAAAAAAGUUUCGCAAAUUCAUAGACUUGUGACCGUUAAACUGGAUGCCAAAGGUAGUGCCUAAAAACUAGCAGAUUUAAAGUCACAGUUAAAAAAAAAAAUUCGAUUACAGAUUUUUUUUUCGUUGUUUUUACAUGUGUAAAAGUGCAUUUUAGGAGAGUCGUCUGUCGCUCCCAUAACAGGGAAGGUAUAAAAAAGAAAAGUUACAAAAAAAGAUGGUAAUGACAGAUGACUUGAAUUUUAAGCCCCCAUUCUCACCAUGCAAACAGUUUUAAAAAGAAAAAAAAAGAAAAACAGGAUUCUGGGCACAGCCUAAUGUUUUAUUCCUUUUAAAUAUGCAGAUUUCUUGAUUGUUUUUGAAUGUCAUUCAGACUCAUUUCUGUUUCUUUGUGGGUUUGUGAAAUGUGCUACUAGUGAUUUUACUGCAUAGGACUACGUGUAGCUUAAAACAGACUGUCCCCAAAAUCUCGAUGUCCAGUGUUUCAAAUGAGAAUAAAACCAUAUGCAUCUCAGUGAA